GUCUCACGGUGGCGGGUGGCGAGGCCUGGAUGCCCCCGGAAGGCUCUGUGCCCGCAGGUUGGGCAGAAGGGUUGCUAGUGGCUUCCUGGAGCCGGCCAAGCCUCAGAGAAGUUCGAGCGCCGGGGGAGGGAGUGGGGUACCUAGCGACCACCCUCCUUCCGCGCCCGCGGAGGCAGGUAUUGCGUCGCUGGAGUCAUGCCUUCACCCCUGUUUUGCCUUCAUUAUUUUCAAGGUUAAAGCAAACAAACCAUGGCCAGUAACCACAAAUCUGCAGCAUCUCGCCCUAUUUCAAGGGGUGGAAUUGGAUUAGCGGGAAGGCCUCUUUCUGGAAUUCGACCCUCAUCGGGAAAUGUUCGAGUGGGAACUGGAUUGCCACCUGGAACAGCAAGGCCUGGUUCUCGUGGUGGCACUCUAGGGACUGGUGGAGUUUUGUCAUCUCAAAUCAAAGUUGCUGAUCGGCCUGUAACUCAACAAGGUUUGAGUGGAAUGAAAACUGGGAUGAAAGGUCCCCAGAGACAAAUUUUAGACAAAUCUUAUUAUCUUGGACUUCUUAGAAGUAAAAUAAGUGAACUUACAACUGAAAUUAAUAAACUUCAGAAGGAAAUAGAAAUGUACAAUCAAGAAAAUUCAGUAUAUUUGUCAUAUGAAAAGAGGGCAGAGACGUUAGCUGUUGAAAUCAAAGAGUUUCAAGGACAACUAGCAGACUACAACAUGUUGGUAGAUAAACUUAAUACCAAUACCGAAAUGGAAGAAGUAAUGAAUGAUUACAACAUGCUUAAAGCUCAAAAUGAUCGAGAAACACAAAGUAUGGAUAUCAUCUUUACUGAAAGACAAGCAAAAGAAAAACAAAUUAGAAGUGUAGAGGAAGAAAUUGAACGAGAAAAACAGGCCGCAGAUGGCAUUAUCAAAAAUAUGUCUUCUGAAAAACAAGCAAAGUACAUAGAAAUGAAAAGCACAAAUGAGAAAUUGUUGCAGGAAUUAGAUAUACUUCAGCAGCAACUAGAUUCACUGAGCAUGAAAAAAGAAAGCCUGGAAACCGAAAUAGCACACUCCCAGGUAAAACAGGAGGCUGUAUUGAUGCAUGAAAAGCUUUAUGAGUUAGAAUCUCAUCGAGAUCAAAUGGUUGCAGAAGACAAAAGCAUGGGAUCUCCAAUGGAAGAGAGGGAGAGAUUACUUAAGCAGGUUAAAGAAGAUAACCAGGAAAUAGCCAGCAUGGAGAGACAGUUAACAGAUAUAAAAGAGAAAAUAAAUCAUCUUAAUGAAGAAAUUAGGCAACUCGAUCUGGAUUUAGAGGAGCACCAAGGUGAAAUGAAUCAGAAAUACAAGGAGCUUAAAAAAAGAGAGGAAAAUAUGGAUGCUUUUAUAGAGAGUUUUGAGGAAACGAAGAAUCAGGAAGUAGAGAGGAAGGCUCAGAUAGAAGCCCACAUUGUGGCACUUUUGGAGCACUGCAGCAAGAAUAUAAAUCAUAUGAAACAGUUAUCCUCGAUUACCAACCAGGAGCUAAAGAUGAUGCAGGAAGACCUCAAUUUUAAAUCUACUGAAAUGCAGAAAUCACAAAAUACAGCUAGAAGUCUGACCUCAGACAGUCAACGUUUACAGCUGGAUCUACAGAAAAUGGAGCUCCUGGAAAGUAAGAUGACUGAGGAGCAGCAUUCUCUGAAAGUCAAAAUUAAGCAAAUAGAAGCCGAUCUGGAGACAUACAAUGAUUUACCAGCCUUAAAAUCAUCAGGUGAAGAAAAGAAAAAGAAAUUACAUCAGGAAAGAACCAUAUUGUCAACACGCAGAAAUGCUUUUAAAAAAAUAAUGGAGACGCUAAAUGAAGAAUAUGAGGCACUGAAAACCCAGUUGCAAGAAAAUGAGACACAUUCUCAGCUUACAAAUUUGGAGAGAAAGUGGCAACACCAUGAACAAAAUAAUUUUGUGAUGAAAGAAUUCAUAGCAACCAAGAGUCAGGAGAGUGAUUACCAGCCAAUUAUUAAAAAUGUGACCAGGCAGAUCGCAGAGUACAAUAAAACCAUCAUGGAAGCUCUCCAUUCUGCUAGCAGAAACUGAGUCUGAAACAACCAGAGGCCUACAGAGAUUCUUUGUUGCUAAACUUCUUGGAACAAGCUGACUAAAAAGAAAAUAGCUUACUCUUGAAGAGUUAUACCUAAAGUUUCUGAAUGCCAUAAUUUUUGUGUCCUCUUUGAAGAGAGCUAUAUCUUAAAUAACACAAUAGUUCAAUAAAAUGUUUGCAUAUAAAAAAGUGCCAUCUCCUUUU